UUUGCCACUGGUGAAGAUUUCACUCUUUUGCUUCAUUGUUCAUUGUCCUCUAGGGCGACAUCAGGAAAAAUACAGAGGGGAAUAUACCUCUUUAAACAAACAAAAAAUCUAAAGCAGCAACUAACGUUCCUAUUUCCCAGUCAAACUCCCAUUUGUUUCAGCUGAACUGCCUACUCAUCUUCAAGCCAUCAUGAGCUGUAAGAAACGCAGGUCACAGAAGGUCUCCUUGGACACAAAGAGAAAUAUGAAAAUUGAGGACUAUUUUCCUCAGGUCAGUAAAGAACAACAGGGUAAUUCCAGUGUUCCUCAAAUGAAGAAUGGCUCCAGGAGAAGUCCAAAAGAUAUAACUAAUACUCAGGCUCAAGGACCCAAAGACCAGGCUAUAUCCCAAAAUAAGGUCAAUAAAGAACAACAGGGUAAUUCUAGUGUUGCUCAAAUGAAGAACGGCUCCAAAAGAAGCCCACAAGAUAUGAAUAAUAUGCAGGCUCAAGGACCCAAAGGCCAGGUUAUAUCCCAAAAUAAGGUAUUUUACAUCACCUUGGAUGUACACCACAGGAGAAACAAAAAAAUGAAACACAUGGUCGGAGGUAACGAGAGGGAUAGCUUAUCCACCGCACUUGACACUGUUAAGGCUGUCAAAGAAGAGAGAGAAACUCAGCAAGGCAAAGAAAUGCUGGUGCAGGGCACAGAAGGAAUUGAAGGCUACCUAAACCUUGGAAUGCCCCUCAGUUGUUUGCCUGAAAAUUGCCACCUGGUAAUUACAUUUGCCCAGAAUAAAAGUGACCAGAAUGAAGAGAACCAGAUAUUUGGUCGGCAUGAUAAGCCAUCUACUGACUGUGUCAAAUUCUUUAUCAACCCAAUUGGAAAGACGAGGAAAAGGAUUGUCAAACGCGGGGAACUUCACAAAGAAGGGGUCAGACUCUGUGUCUAUGCUUUCAAAGGAGAAACCAUCAAGGAAGCUGUGUGCAAGGAUGGCAGAUUUCUUUCCUUUCUGGAGAACGAUGAUUGGAAACUCAUUUUAAACCUGGACUCUGUUGUAGAAAACACACAGUGUGUUGAUGACCUAGAGGGCAAGCUCUUCCAGGUUGAGGUUGAGAAAAGGAGGUCGUCUAGGGCAGCAGCCACUCAGAGCCGUGACUUGGCAACCACUGAGAACUAUGGUGUGGUAACUGCUGAGAGCCGUGAUUUGGCAGCCACUCAGAAUUGUGAUUUGACAGCCUUUCAGAAUUCUGAGUUGGAGGAAAGAAACAUGUCUGUGGUGACAGGAGAAAUUGUGGCCCAGUACCCUAGUUUGAAAAGAGAAAUUGGAAAAAUUAGAGAAUGCUUCCAGAAAAAGAUUUUUAAAAGACAGGGAAAAAAAUUAUAUCUUGCACACAAAACAAAAUUUGGGAAACUGACAAAAAAUGCUACUCCAGUUGAAAUGCUCAAAUGUCUUUCUCGUCUCAGUGACUCAGUUGGGUACUUGUCAUGGGACAACAACGGAAUUCGGGGUUGUGCCACCUGCUUUGUUUUUAGAGGGUUGUUCAUUUUCACUUGUCGGCAUGUAAUACAGGACAUUGUGGGGAAAGGAAUAGAGCCAAGCAAGUGGGCAGACAUAAUUGGCCAAUGUGUGAGGGUGACAUUUGGUUACGAACGCAGCCAGGAAAGAGGGGACUACUUUUUCGUCAAGCCUUGGUUUGAGAUAUCUGAUGAAACUCUUGAUUAUGCUGUUCUGGAACUGAAGGAAAAUGGACAGCCAGUACCUUUGGGACUCUAUAAUGGAAAAUGUCCUGUGCCCCUUAGUGGGCUGAUAUAUAUUAUUGGCCAUCCAGAUGGAGAGGCAAAGUCUGCUGAUGCUUGUGCUGUAAUCCCUCAGGCUCAGCGAGCACAGAAAUUUCAGGAAUAUCUGCAGGCUCAGAGUUUCAAUGAGCAUAUGCAGGGUUUCUAUGAGCAUAUGCAAUUUAUCCAUAUGUUCACUCAAAGAAGUUUCCAGGAAAUGGCUCCCAGACGUGAUGUGAUUACCUAUGACACCAGUUUUUACUUUGGGUCUUCUGGCUCACCAAUAUUUGAUUCAAAAGGUUUAUUGGUGGCCAUGCACAGUGCUGGCUUCUAUAAUAACUACCAACCUGGGUAUUCCAGUAUCAUUGAGUUUGGCCCUACUAUGGAAUCCAUCCUAUGUGAUAUUAAACAAAACCACAAAGCUUGGUAUGAAAAAGUAUGCGUAAUUCCACAAGACAUAGAAAUGGUGAGUGUUGAGGAUCGAGGUAGUGAGAAUCCCCUCUAUUUCUGAAAUUUAAGAGAAUUAGCUAUGGAAUGUUAUUCCACAGGCGCGGAUGAUAGUUUUCUAAAUUCAAAAUGGUUGAUUGCUCCCUGACCAAUGUGGCUUGCUUGGUUGGCCCUUGUCCCAUAGAGCAAAAGGUGGCUGGGUAGAUUUCCAGCCAUGGCACACCCCUUGGUUGCGGGCCCAGCCCCUGGUUGGGGCAUGGG